AGCAGGCUGUCCAUUGCGGUUGCACAAUCCAAUUAGCUGUGAGUUACACCGAUAAGAAAACUGGACCAGAUCACACAGAGGCUUUUUGUGACCAGUUGUGCAUCUGUUUGUUGGCUGGUAAACCAUUUGAAGCAUCGUCAGCACAGGUUCUAGUCAAGGCUUUUACCAGGGAUCCACAAGGAAACAAUAGUGACUCAGACAGCAACGUACAAGCUGGGAUGUUGACUGCAUACCUGUUGGCACUUAUCUUCAUCUGGACAGGGACGGCUCUGAAGUUUGUUGUUCCACCAUGUGACCCCCACAUGUUUGAUCGCGGUGUUGACAACUGCCUGACAGACUUCAACAGGAGCAUGGAGACAAGUGGCUACCAGGGCAGGUGCCCAUGGCCAACUGUGAAACGCGUCUACAACCAGCUGAAGGGCUGCGUGGACGAUUGGGCAAGAGCGUCUUGGUGUCGGGGUCAUGGCUUCCUGAUGGACAGCGUCUUCUUGGAGGUACAUCAGAUGUACUUUAAGCUCUGUGGACAGAUGCAAGACCCCCCACUCACCACUCUUAUCAUGUUAAUAGCACCUGGUAUCAUUGUCACACUCUUCUUACCAAUUCUCUGUUAUAAUCUCACCACUUGGAACACAGAGAUGCCCAGCUCCAUUGGGCUCUGAUGUGCUGAGGGGAUAGAAGAAAAUUAAGGAAAAAAGAGUAUUUUUCAGCCUGGGACUUAUUCUUAAGAUUGUGGCCAUUCUGACAGUUGGUCAUGCUAACUUUGCACUUGGCACCUGUAGUGCAGAGAUAUCAGAAAACAGUAUUGCCAACUCCUUUCCAAUGUCAGUAGUUAGCACUAUCGCUAAAAGUCGCCAGAUGCUACCUGCACUCAUCUGCAUAUUUGUCAUCACUUAUAAUUUGCAUUGGAUGCAAAGUAAUGGAAAAACCCGUGUUCUUGGCAGAAGAGCCUUGGAGUGUGAUUACUUUGAGCAGCAUACAUAUCAAUUAAUUACAACAUAUUCUUCACUUAUCCCCUGAGAUGCUAAAUUUGUCACUAGACCUUUUUUUUUUUUUUUUUUUUUUUUACAUAAAUAGAGUUUCUAAGAGGGUCUGGAAUGUCACUAAAUUUAGAGAGAAAGUUGCAAAGUUGGCAACACUGUUGGAAAAUGUGGACUCCCGCAAAACAGCAUUAAUCCUGUAACCAUGGCUGGGCAAUACAUUGAUAUUGUGAUAUGACAAAUAUAUUUGUUUUAUGUUUUUUUUUAGUAUGUAAUAUUGUAUUUGGCAUAAGUGUUUCCUGGUUUUAUAGGCUGUAUUGUAGUAAAGUGAUGUCAUUUUCUGAACUUAACAGACUGUUAGCUGCUCUGUUAUUUGCCUUCACCCACUUAGUCAUUAUAACCACAUUACUGGUGAUUAUUUAUCAGAAAUCUCACUGAGUAAAUAUUUUGUGAAAGCAUCAAUUGUGAAAUUAAUGCAUAUACAAGAUACAUCCAUAUAAAGGUAUUUGUUAAAAAAAUAUAGUGAUAGUAUAGUGUUGAUUUUCUCUAUAUUACCCAGCCCUAACUAUUAUAUAAGCUAUUGUGCUUUCAAUGAUAAAUGUUUAAAAUAUUUAUGGCUCCCAUUGUUUGGGUAAUGGCAACUUUAUGGGCAACAGUGUAUUAUUUACAUGCAUACAAACACAGAAGAAUAAAGCUUUAGGCUCCACUUUUAUGAUCUGUUACCAGUAAAAAAAAAAAUUUAAUCUGAUAUAUUCUUUUAAGUGUCCCAUUAUAUGCAAUAUUUUCUAUUAAUAUUAGUGAGCAAAGCUGAAGCCUCAUGAACCAUUAGUUGUAUUGUUAACCACACAUUUAAAGAGUAAAGCUCAUGGAAUGGCAAUAUGCUUUUAACAGUUUGUUGGACAGAGAGCGCCAUCUAGUAGGCUCAGAAAAUUAAGAAAUGGUUCAUGAAGCUACAUUUGGCCACCACUAACUAAAACUGAAUAUGUUCUUUUAAUAAUCAUCGUAAAACAUUUGAUUGCAUGAUGUCAAACAUGCACCACAUGACUGGCUGAUAUUUCUUCCAAAGCAACUGUCAGCCUUUUAUUGUUGUAAUAUUUUUUCUCCUAUAAUGUCAAAUGUAAUAUA